CUUGUGUUGAGUGGGGUUGAGGCACCAUCACUACCACUACUACUACUACUACUACUACUACUACUACUACUACUAUUUCUACUACUACAGCUGGUUCAUCUAUAUACCACUAGUAGUACCAACACAACCUUCACCACCACCACUACUACUACUACUACUACUACUACUACUACUACUACUAUUACUACCACUAUGGCGGCCGCACAAGCACCACCAGACCCACCACCAUUAUCACCACCGGCUACCACAUUCACUACCACAACCACCACCACUACCACUACUACUACUACUACUGCUACUACUGCUACUACUACUACUACUACUCCUUCUACGUCUACUACUACUACCACUACUUCUACUACUAGUACUACAGGAAGGCGCGCCAUGAACGGAGAGGAUGACAUCGGCUACCAGGUGGAGCUGUUCGUCUACGACCUCAGCAAGGGCCUGGCUAAGUCCAUGUCCCCCGCCCUGCUAGGCAAGCAGAUCGAGGGGAUAUGGCACACGGGCGUGGUGGCCUACGGCAGGGAGUACUUCUUCGGCUCCGGCGGCAUAGAGUCCUGCAGGCCGGGAGGAACAAUUCUGGGAGACCCGGAGAGAGUGGAGGAACUUGGAGAAUCUCAAGUCCCCUACCCUCUUUUCCUGGAGUACAUUUUUGGGCUUGGAGAGGCGACAUAUAAGCCCGGCGCGUACGACCUCCUGAAACACAACUGCAACAAUUUCUCCGACGAGGUUAGUCAGUUCCUCUGCGGCCACGGCAUUCCCAAACACAUCCUGCAGCUGCCCGACGAGGUGCUCAACACUCCCCUGGGCGAGACCCUGAGCGGGCUGGUGAAGGAGCUCGACAUUAAGUCCACCGGGUCUCGCAAGAUCAACUUCGGGAACUACACCAACAACAACAACAACAACCACAGCCUGGGCUACCCGCCCGGCGCGCCCGUGCCAAGACACGACGACUCGCCCGACCUAGAGCUUGAGCGACUCAACCAGGCCAUCGACCAAGUCAGGCAGAACACGCAGCGCCUGGAGGACCGCCGCAACUCCAUCAACGAGAAGGUCCAGAAGCGGGACAAGAAGAAGAAGGAGAAGCGGGAGAAGAAGGAGAGGAAGGAGAAGAAGAAGAAGAAGAAGUCAAAAUCCACCUGUGAGGUUCCCGAAGGAGGAGGAGGAGGAGGCGGAGAAGAAGGAGGAGGAGGAGGAGGAGAAGAGGAGGAGGCGAGGAGAGAGGACACACACACCCCUUCCACCUCAUCCUCCAGGCCCCCCCGCCCCCCACACCCCCCCUCCACCACCACCCCCGCCCCCCCUACCAGCCCACCCUCAACCUCCUCCACCACAGCCCCCGCCCCCCCUCCGCCUGGACAAGAGGGAACCCCCCAACCCCCCCCUACAGCCCCCCAGGCCCCCCCGGAGGUAAGGGUCACCCCGCCAGCCAAGGAGGAGGAGGAGGAAGGAGGAGAGGAAGAAGAAGGAGCGAGAGGAGGAGGAGAGGAAGAGAGGAAGAAGAAGGAGGAAGAGAAGGAGAAGAAGGAGAAACCACAAAACCAGAAAGCCGUGAGAAGGAAGGAAGAGGAGGAGGAGAGGAAGGAAGAGGAGGAGGAGGAAGAGAAGAAGGAAGAGGAGGAGGAGGAAGACUUACCACAACAACCACAAGCGAUGUCUGACCACGAACAGACUCCUCCCCCGCCCCCCCAAGAGGAAGAGGCGAUGGAGGGGGGACAGGAGGAGAGGGGGGAGGAGGAGGAGGGGGUGCGCGGCCCCUCCCCCCCUCUCCAGGCGCCCCCGCCCGUGGAAGAGGUCGAGAGAGAACCCCCAAUAGUCUUCAAGGAUGAUGUCAAUGCGCGGGAGUCCUUCGAGUGCCUGGCCGCGUCGUGCGGUUCCCUGCUGAGCGGGGAGGAGAAGUCCCACCUGGAGGAGCUGCGGGCGUACGUCCUUGACGACGAGGGCUCGUGGGCGCUGGGCGAGAACUUCAGCGCCCUGCUGGGGCGUGUGCUGCACGACGGCACGGUGCCGGACGAGGCCAGGGUGCACCUGCUCAGGCUCAUGGCGGCAGCGGCGCUCAAGGACGACGUGAUCCUGCUGCUGCACCAGGACCGCCGCGACCACACCAUCAUGAACUACGCCAACAGGGUGGAGAGCCUCGGCCCGCACCACCAGGAGGCGCUGGCGCUCUUUUUCUGCAACAUGUUUGAACACGUGAGCCCGUCCGAGUGGCUGCUGUACAUCUCCGAGUGGCAGGAUGGCUCGCAGCCCACCAGCAACAUCCGCGUCACCACCAAGGUGGCCGUCAACGCCCUGCUGAACGCUAACCCCAAGUGCCAGGAGUACGGGUCGGCCAUCAUGUACAACCUGGGCACCAAGGAGGUCAAGACGGUGGUGUUCGACGACGUGGCCCCGGAGCUGGCCAUGGCCAUCCUGCAGUUCUUCAACGCCCACCCGCCGGAGGAGCUGCUGUGGAGGGCCAUGGCGGCACUCUGCAGGUUCACCUACUCGUCCACGGAGGUGCCGGCGCUCAUAAAGAUGAUCGGCCCGGAGCCAAACACCUUCAGGGGCGCCAGCGAGAGGGUGGACGCCCUUAUCGACGAGAUUGACGCCAAGCUCAGCAGGGUCAGGCUCUUCUAGGGAGGAGGGGAGGAGGAGGGACGAGAGGGAGGGAGAGGUAAAGGAAGAGAAAGGAGGAGGAGAGGAGGAGGGACGAGAGGGAGGGAGAGGUAAAGGAAGGGAAAGGAGGAGGAGGAGGAGGAGGGACGAGAGGGAGGGAGAGGUAAAGGAAGAGAAAGGAGGAGGAGGAGGAGGAGGGAUGGAGAGGACGAAGGGUUAUGAGAGAAGGAAGGGAGGGGAGAGAGAAGGAACGGAGAGAAAUAUAAGGGAGAGAAAGGGAGGGAAAGGAGAGAGAGAUGGGAGAAUGUUGGAGAGAAAAAGGAAAGGAAAGGAAGAAGAAGAAUAACAAGAAGAAGAGGAAGAAGAAGAAGAAAAAGAAGAAAAAUAAAAUAAAUAAAAAAUAAUAAAUCUAAGCGGAUAAAUUGUUGCAGUUUCCCGUUUUCUAUUAACUCGAUUUCCGCUUGUGUGUGCGUGCGUGUGUGUGUGUGUGUGUGUAUGCAUUUAUGUGUGUAUGUACGUAUUUAUGUGUGUAUGUACGUGUGUGUGUGUGUGUGCGCUCCAUUUUCUACGCCUUUCAAAAUAGCGCUUAAAAAAAAACAAAGAAAAAAAUAUAUAUAAAAUGCAAGCAAGUGUGUGUGUGUGUGUGUGUGUGUGUGUGUGUGUGUGUGUGUGUGUGUGUGUGUGUGUGUGUUGUUGUUGUUGUUGUUGAUGUUUUCUGUCAUUGUUUUGCUGCGCUGAUGAAUGUUUUGCUCACUCGUAAAUUAUUAUUAUUAUUAUUAUUAUUAUUAUUAUUAUUAUUAUUAUUAUUAUUAUUAUUAUUAUUAAUGUUAUUAGUUUAUUUUGAGUCAGUGGCUGUUUUUUUUUACUCUUAUUGUUGUUUACUGUCAAUAACUCACACACUCACUGUAAUAAUAAUAAUAAUAAUAAUAAUAAUAAUAAUAAUAAUAAUAAUAAUAAUAAUGAUAUCACUCAAAAUAAAUACUCAAAAGAAGAAAACAUUUAUAGCAUCAAAUAUAGAUGUACUUUUUAUAUAUACCAAAUAAUAAUAAUAAUAAUAAUAAUAAUAAUAAUAAUAAUAAUAAUAAUAAUAAUAACAAAACUAGUCUUUAUGUUUAUCUAACUCAGUAUACUUCUAUUCACUGCCUUUGCCACUGAUAAUAAUAAUAAUAAUAAUAAUAAUAAUAAUAAUAAUAAUAAUAAUAAUGAUGAUGAUGAUGAUGAUUGUGGUUGGGUUGAGUGGUUGGGUGAAUGGUUGUCUUAAUUGCUUUCAUAUAUUUUUUUCAUUUUCUUUUUUUUCGUAUUUCCUUCCUUCCUUCCUUCAUUCAUUCAUUCAUUCCUUCAUUCCUUCUUUCCUUCCUUCCUUCCUUCCUUCAUCCCUUCCUUCCUUCCUUCCUUCCUUCCUUCCUUCCUUCCUUCCUUCCUUCCUUCAUUCCUUCCUUCCUUCCUUCCUUCAUUCAUUCAUUCAUUCCUUCCUUCCUUCCUUCCUUCCUUCAUUCCUUCCUUCCUUCCUUCCUUCCUUCCUUCCUUCCUUCCUUCCUUCCUUCCUUCCUUCCUUCCUUCCUUCCUUCCUUCCUUCCUUCCUUCCUUCCUUCCUUCCUUCCUUCCUUCCUUCCUUCCUUCCUUCCUUCCUCCCUUCCUUCCUUCUUUCCUUCCUUCCUUCCUUCCUUCCUUCCUUCGUUCCUGCCCUUUCUUUCAGUGUGUGUGUGAGUGUGUGUGAGAGAGAGAGAGAGAGAGAGAGAGAGAGAGAGAGCGUUUCUUAUACUCCCGCUUUUGUAUCAGGUAGAGACAGGCCUAUUAAGGUUGUUAGUUUGUUUGUUUUUGUAUAAAUUUCUCAACCACUGUAGCUGAUGAUGACGACGAUGAUGAUGACGUCACAAUUAAUAAAGAAAACGAGUAUUGAA